ACGGUUAGUCAUCAGCAGCAGACGCAUUUUCGAUGGCGUCCGAUAAAAUUGUGGACAAAUCGUGAAUGUCGGUUCCGCGAGCGCCAAGUAAUCACCGAUAAAGUUUCAUUGUUCAGUUUCUUUGUGAUUUCACGAUGAUACGCACGCGAAGAUAACAAAAUCUUGUUUUUGUUCCAAUUUUUCUUGUUUUGUUACGGUACUUUUAUUACUUUAAGCAGGCGAUGGCAACAAACAGAAGCGGGGCGGCUCAAAGGCCGAACGGCGCGCCACAAACUAAGGUGUGCCAGUUCAAACUGGUGUUGCUGGGCGAGUCCGCUGUCGGUAAAUCAUCGCUAGUGCUACGAUUCGUGAAGGGUCAGUUCCACGAGUACCAGGAGAGCACCAUAGGUGCCGCAUUCCUUACGCAAACACUGUGCCUCGACGACACCACUGUCAAGUUCGAGAUAUGGGAUACGGCGGGACAGGAGAGGUAUCACAGCUUAGCGCCCAUGUACUACAGGGGCGCGCAGGCGGCGAUCGUAGUAUAUGACAUCACUAAUCAGGACACAUUCGGUCGCGCCAAGAACUGGGUGAAGGAGCUGCAGCGGCAGGCGUCUCCGUCCAUCGUGAUCGCGCUGGCGGGCAACAAGAGCGACCUGGCCGCCAAGCGCAUGGUGGAAUUCGAAGAGGCGCAGGCCUACGCCGACGAGAACGGACUGCUGUUCAUGGAGACCAGCGCCAAGACGGCCAUGAACGUUAAUGAUAUAUUCCUAGCUAUCGCGAACAAGUUACCAAAGAGCGAGAGCGCGGGCGGCGGCGCGGCGGGCGGCGCGCGCCGCCUCAACGACGCCGACGCGCCGCGCGCCUCGUCGUGCUGCAAGUGAUAGCGCCGCCCGCGCCGCCGGCCGCCGGCCGCCUGCCGUACGACUAUAUAUAUAUAUAUAUUAUUGUAAACUCUCCUCUGUAUCGCCACCGAUCCUCCGUAGCUCGGCCUCGCCCUCGUUUCUGAAACGUUCCCCGUGGGACGCUCCCUCGCGACGAGAUGUACGCGCGACGGUUGCGAUCGUUGUAUUAUAAGAUUAUCGUUUGCCGUUUCUUAGACGUCCGAUCGGCCGAGUGGCGGACGCGUUCGUUUGUCGAUAUGUAAAUAACAGCUUAAUAAAACAAAUGUAUGAAAUUAAUUCGUCGAGGAGAUCUCCGAGCGGAUGGCCGCUCGACUGUCGCUCUUCCGUUUCAUUUCCUUCUCGGCGCUUCCGAUUGAACCCAAGCUGUACAGAGUAUUUAAUCAAAUCGAAGUGAAUUUAUUAUAAAUUAUUUUACAUGACAAAACAUAUUAUCUUUUUAAUUACAACCACCUGUUCUAUAGCAGGUUAUAUGAUUUGAUUGAAAGAUUAGUAAUUUAUUAAUUAUAUAUCAUUUUCGUUUAGAUCGACUUAAAGUCAUCGCUUUAUAAUCGGUAUUCGUUAAAAAUCAAAAAAUCGUACCUAAAACUCUCACUGGAGUAUUAUUUUUGGCUUCAAACAAUUUUUUAUCCUCGUUUCGAUAGUUUGAUGUCGAAAUUGAUGAUAAAAGUGCUAAUAGUUUCAGCGUUGGGUUUAAUUGCAGAGUGUGUAUCAUCCUAAAAAUCAUGUUAAUGUUUUUAAAACCUAUGAAUCUACUCCACGCUUCAGAAGCUUAUAUUAUUUGUUUUAUAUUUUAAGCUAUUAUUAUUAUUUUUUUAUAUAUAAUAGUUAUAUUCUAUUUCAUCGAUUUAUUUUGCCGUCCCGCUGAGAUGGAACUUAGGUCGUUUUUAUUUAGUUCAAAGUGCAUACGAUAGAUGGAGGUAGGAUAACAAGGCUCACCUAGUUGACCAUAAUUACUUUAUAAACGCUAAUAAUACAAUGGAUAACUCUAUGUUAAUUAUAUAAAUAAUAUAUGUAUAUUAUAUGUGAAAUUAUAUUUUUAAGGGAAGUAUGGUUUUAAAUGUCAGUUUAUUAGUUAACAAAUGAUACGUUUUGUUGAAAACGCAUUCCAAACGCGACGCGCCGGCGUUCGCUUAUGUUAAAUUAUAAAUUAUAUAGCAACGCGGUGGCCACGGGAGACGUGUUGACGGUCGGUACGUUUUAAACAUACAGUUUUAAUAUAUUUAUAAAUUUGUAUAAUUGAUUGAAUUGCGUCCCGAACGAGAGUUAUGAAUAUAGAUCGUCACGUAUGAAUCAAUUAAAAUUUACUUGCGGAAACAAAAAUACACUAUCCGUAUAAGUGAUGGUCUAGAACAAAAGCGGCCUCCAGAUUUUUGCGUUAGUGGGAAGUUAGCUGUAAAUUGUAUCUCCACACUCGCAAUCGUUCACAGCUAGAGUUCGAUUCAACGAACAAUUUACAUUGAAACUUUAUUCGCUAUAGCCGUAACGCUGUGCGUUUUGGCUAACUACAAUUACGUGUGUAUAUAAAAUAAAAAUAAGCACUACGUGAGUCGACGUUCACCCGCGCUUCGUCCGCGAACGCUUUGUCGUCGUAGCGUGAGUGUGGAGCGCGCAUAAAACUUCUUUGGGAUACAAAAUAUCGGCAUAGUUGAAUUUCCAGUUUAUUCCGUUUUUAUUUAUGUAAAGUUACAUGAAACUAUGUAAUGUGUGAGUUCUUCGAAUGAAUAACACAUCUCUCCGUGGCCAUAUUUAUAUACAUACAUAAAUAUUAUACUUUAGUAGUUGUUUGUCGCUUUUAUUUUGAAACCAGUGGAUGUCUUCGUCAACAGCAAACAUUUGUUUUCACAAAGAAAAUUUUACAUAACUUACUUAAAAAAUCAAUUUUCUACUACAGUUUAUUUUUGUUAUUAAAAUUUUGCUUUCAAAAUAAACUUUAUUCCACUUAAUUUGACUCCGACCUGAGUUGAUCGUUUAUUUGUAGAUUGUGAUUUUGCAAUGAAACUCUUACUUUUACUAUAUUUUAGAAUCAUCGGAUGGAAUAUGUAUUGAGAAGUAAGUCUCAUUUUAGAUAUAUACAAUGUUAUCAGCGAUUAUUUAAAAAAAAAUCUUUAAUCGUCAUAAUAAAUUCUCCGACAGAACUCAUCGAAAAAAUUAAAUAGAUAUGUAUUAAUUUCAUUAACAAAUCACUCUCACGUUUAACUCUUUAUUGAAAUUUUCAAACGCUAUUAAUUUAUUCGAAAUGUAAAAAUAUCAUGCGUGUUUAAAAUAUCGCUUAAAGCGCUUUCAGUACAUAUUGAACGUAAUUUUUUACAAUACCUUGGCUGUAUUUAGCAAUAUUAGGUAAAUUUGAAUUUGCAUUUUCCCCGCAGACGUGUCCGGAGUGUAUAGUUCAAUCAGGAGAUAGGCUUACAAGUUUUAAUAUUAAAGUGUAAAACAUCAAAAUGAAUUACUCGUCAGUAUAACGGUCAGUCCCGAAAGCAUUUUUUGAUGUUCGUGUCUAUAAUCCAUGGUUAUGCAGGAGUACCUAUGUUUGUAUCGGAUUUAGAAACUAUGAAAUUUAUAAAAUAUUUUUUUUUUUUGCGAACGUUACUAAUAUUAUAGACAUGACACCACAAAAUGUAUAAUUUACGUAAAUUAAUUCAAAGUAACCGCUUCCGUAAUACAUGUAGUCGUUCGUGAUUUUGCCGACGAUGUGUCGAUUUGAAUUUUAUAUGGUGAGUUAAAUCGACAUGUCGCGGUAAGACGUGCGGGAAGCGGAAGUCGAUAGUGAACAUUAUAGAAUAGAGUAGAAAUUAUAUCGGACUUUGUUCUUGUAAUCAUAAAGUUAUUCGUACAGCCGGCGAGAGGACGUUGAUCAAUGUCAUAUAGUAUGUUUUUGUAUUGUGUAAAUAUUUUGGAUUUAUUAAGAUUAUUAUAUUGAAUAAAAAAAUAUUGUAAAUGAAGGCA